UUGAAACGUAACCCCUAGCGGUAGAUUAAACGACAUGCGCACCACACACCGAUCCUCUGCCGCAUCCUUCCAGAUGCAUCCGUUCUCAAUUGAUCAUUGAUUGCUAGUUCCGCAAAAUGAUUAAUUCUCGACCCGAUAGAUCUGAGUUAUUCGAAAGCUUGUUUUCAGUUUUAUUGAUCCGCGAUUAAGAUUGAAAGUGUUUUAAAUGGGGUGUGGUUUAUCAGGGUUUGUGGAGGUUAAAAAAUGGAUCAGAAAUAUCAGAGAGUGGAGAUGGGGGUGGGUGCGUUUCAUCACCCACCGAGAGCAAAAUACAGCGAGGAGACGAAGAAUUUGAUCAAACUUCUAAUGGAAGAAUCCAAAGUGAGUAUGAUGAAAAGAAAAUCUAUUCAAGAAGCGAUUAACAAAGGUGAAUCCUUGCCAGCUGCUGUGGAAAGAUCGGAAACAGGAUCGAAUAAGCAUAAUUUAGGAUAUCAGGUUUUAAUGCCUACCGUUUGGAAAAAACGAUCGCAAGAUACGAUUAUUAAAAGCGGCGCGUAUGAGAGGGAACAAUAUAGAAGAACGUCUCCUUUACGUAAUACAGAAAAGCAAAAGCGUCAUUUAGCAUGCAUGAUGGCGUAUGGAAAGGACAUGCCAGAAACUCCUCGUGGUCCAAGGAUUCUUCAUAAAGCGAGACGAGAACCACACUUUCCUGAUACCAGUGAUCCCAUCGAUGAUUUGGUUCGUGGAAUUCAAGAAAGAAUGGAGUUUUUAAGCGACAUGGAAUGUCUUGGAAUGGGGAAAAAAUAUCGUCUUACAAUACAACAAGAAAUAGCGCAUAAAUUACGAUUGAUCGAAUCUGUAGACAAGCAGAGAUCGAAGGAAAUUCGAAAAGAGAUCAGAGAACUUGAAAGACCAUUGCCAAAACCAUUUCCUUUAGGACAGCUAGAUGACAAUUAA